AUGUCUAGAAAUACGAUUCCGUAAGAAAGGCGGAAUGUCAGCCGAGCAUCAUCGUUUGUUGAUCACCGGGCACACUCUCUAAAGCACCCCACAUUUAGAAAACCACCCAUUAAACUCCAAAGAUACACUGCACACGAUAAAUAACCCAAGAUACUACAUAGAAAUGAGAACAAUGAACGAAACAUAAAGCUUGCUACAAUAAAAACCACUAAAAAACCUACACAUCACUUACACUGAGUAGAAGCACAUCGCACCAUUAAUAAGACACCAACACAACACUGCACGCAAUAAACCACCAAACACACAAUAACCAAACAUAAAUACUAAACAAAACACACAUAACCCAUUCAACAAAAUCAAGAAAAGGCAGAAAAUCACUUAUUUAACAAGAUAGGCAAUGAGGUGACGGAGAGAAGGUCGGGCGAGGGGACGGGGAGACAAGGGGUGCCAGCUGUUCUCUCUCACUGUGGCCGCCAAAACAUUACUCAGGCUUAUCUGUCCCACCAUGGCCUCGCAGGAACUCCUAAGCAGGCUGGAGCAGAAGGCGGUGCAGGCUGAGCAGAUGAUAGACCUCCUCAGCCAGCAGAUCAGGCAGCUGCAGGCGGCAGCAGUAGACUCGCAGAAGGACCAGCUGAGGAGGGAAAACCAGGAGCUGCGUCUUGAAGUGGACCGACUUAAGGACUCACUGGUGGCGCUGGAGAAGACUCAGGGAAUACAGCAGCAUUAUGACUUCACCAAAUCCACAACAACAGGACCUGGAGUCACCACCACUCAGCAGGCACCAGCACCAGCACCAGCAGCACCCCAGCCAGCCCCUACAGCAGCACCACCACAGCAGAAAGCAGACAAGGAAAAGGUGAACAAGAAGGCAGAGAAGAAGGAGAAGAAGAAAGCAGAGGGAGGGGAGAAGAAGGGAGAGAAGAAGGCGGAGGAGGAGGCACCAGUGGAUGUCUCUCGCUUGGACUUCAGAGUGGGAAGGAUUGUGACGGCAGAGAAACACCCGGACGCAGACUCUCUCUAUGUGGAGCAGGUGGACGUUGGUGAGGAGAAGAAGAGGACGGUGGUGUCUGGCUUGGUGAGGUUCAUUCCCGUGGAGGAGAUGCAGAACAGAAUGGCCGUACUACUGUGCAACCUCAAGCCGGCCAAGAUGCGCGGUAUCACUUCAGAGGCUAUGGUCAUGUGCGCCUCCACCCCAGAGAAGGUGGAGAUCCUGGCACCUCCUGAGGGCAGCCAGCCUGGUGACCUAGUGGAGUUUGAGGGCUUCAAACGCUGCCCUGACUCGGUACUCAACCCAAAGAAGAAAAUAUUUGAGACCUGUGCGCCAGACCUCAAGACAGACACUAACAAGGUGGCGGUGUACAAGGGCAUUCCGUUUUCUGUGCCGGGCAAGGGCGUGGUGAAGGCACAGACCCUCGCCAAUGUUCAGGUCAAGUAACGGAUGAUAAUAGUUCCGCCCGCCACCCUCCGCCCGCCGUCACAGCAGCUUCUCCGUUUUCUUUGCCACGUUGCAAGAUCUCAUGGGUGAAGUUGACUUGCACGUUAUUUUGGCUUUGUUCAGAAUGAUUUAGCUGUUUGCUAUUUCUAUCUUUAUAGGGGAACUUGUGAAGCAAUAAAUGUUGCUUUAUUUUGAAA